AUGAAUUAUUUAAUUUAAAUUAAAUCAUUAAAUACGCAAAUGAAGUUUUACAUAUAUAUAUAAGUAGUUUCUUCCCGCCGCGGAGCGCGGGCAACAAACUAGUUGUAUUAUAAUUACCGCUUCUCUGUUACGUAUCUGCAUUAUCUACUUGUUUUCGCUUCAGUUAAUCUUCGCUCUACCCAUCCCUCCACACAAAUCAAAGUUAAACGUUCUAAAUCCAUGUUAAUACUUUGCUGGCUUCUCUAGUUAAGUGGUCCUCGUUGCAUUUGGUUAUCAGAAUGUUUGAAAUUCAUGUAAACUAGAUUUCCUGGUAUGUGAUAAAAGUAGUUUCUGGAUUUUUCAUUAUCUACUUUCCAAGGUAUGAUUUAUGGUAGCAAGGAAGGCUCGAGCGCUUGUGAUUCCCUCCUUAACUUUGCGGUAGCGAGAUGAGCAGUUGAGCGAGGGGAGAUUCGCAAAUGACUUCGACAGAGAUGGCGAAGUGGAAGUCAAUGACAAAAGAUGGUUCCCAUGGUUAGUCCAUGCUAAUGUUCCUUGUCCUUGCUACUUAUAGUUACUAGUAGUUAAAAAAAGAGAAUUGUUAUUUGCCGCCUGUAGAAUUACUAAUUGCUGCCCACAAAUUUUAAGUAAAUAACAUUUUUCUCUCUCUUCAAUUGUCACUCACCACAAUCAAACCUUGUGUAUUGUAAAAAAAGAAUAAAAAAAAAUAGGGCAGCAAAUAGCAGUUCGUUAAAAAAAACAAAACACUGGUUUGCAUUAACUACGAUCCUAGUUGUGUAUAGUCUCGUAAAAGAAAAAUUAUUGUCAUCUAGAAACAGUGUUGUUCAUUAGGCUACCAUCUGGAAGCUGCCAUCAGUUUCCCCCAAAAGUCCAUCGUACACACGUAUGGCUGCCAACUCAAAGGCAGGCAGCCGCCAUGGAUGCGAAUGAGGUGCUCCCUUCUGCUAGCUAGCCUGAUAUUAACUGACAACGUGUUCAAAUAAGAUUAGGGUUGGUAAAGUUAGUUCAUCUUACUGAAUCCGAUUCCCAUUUAUCUAGCCAUGUUUAAAUAAGACGGCUCUCUCAGUCUGCGUCUUUUAUCAUCAUCAGUGUGUCCAUAAACCUCAACAAUGGACCAGGAAGAGACAGAAGCCAGAUACACCAUCAAGUCUAAGAAGCUUUCCUGCAGACUCUCCCGCACAGUACAUGGUGGUGGCAGCUGGCUUCGAUGGUGGAAGCAAAUCAAGCCAAUUUAUGAUGCUGCUGAUGAUUACAUACUGAGGAAUGUGGAAUUUGAAGCCAGAGCAAGGGAAAUCACGGCCAUUGCUGGCCCAAGUGGUGCUGUACUCGUGAACGAGAGGCAGAUGAAUGCAUCCUGGUUCCGAAGAAUAUCUGAAUGCAUCACGGUUGUGCUGACCAUCCAUCAGCCUGGGUUUCGAGUCCUCAAGCUGCUUGAUCGCAUCCUGCUGCUGUCGAAUGGAGCUACUCUGUAUGAAGGAACGCUUGCAUCGCUCGAGGAGCGACUUAUAUCUGCUGGUUGUUGCAUUCUUAGACAUGUCAAUGUGCUGGAGUUCGCCAUUGAUGUGCUGAAGAACUUGAGAAGAGAUGGUGAAAGAAGUGAAGAUCAUCACAGUAGUGAUGCUGACGAAUUACGUUAUGACGUGCAUAUCAAGCAAACUAGAGCAUCCUACUCCAACGGUCGAUUCAAAGAGGAGGUGUGGAUACUUGGAUAGAGAUUCUUCAGCAUAAUCUGCAGAACAAAUCAGCUCUUCACCUCCAGAAUGGUACAAGCGCUAGCUGCUGGACUAGUGCUGGGUACCUUAUAUUGGUCGACUCUUGCAUUGCCUGAUUGAGUUACUCACCUGAACUCUUGCCCUUCAAGUGGCGAAGGAGAAUACGAAGAGCUCGCGUCACUAGACUUCCUGCCAAGAAGACUGCCAAAACGCUAGAGCGCUUGUUAUGCCCGCCUUUACUUUGUGCCAAGAAGACUGCCAAAACGCUAGAGCGCUUGUGAUGCCAGCCUUUACUUUGAGGUAGCGAGAUGAGCCUAGUGUCGAUGAUGAUGACCACAAGGGGAGAUUCCCAAAUGCUUCGACAGAGAUGACCAAGUGGAAGUCAAUGACAAAAGAUGUACCCUAGCUAAUAGCUAUCAAAAUCACGCUGACCUGAUUUCAUAUAUUUGAGCAAUCUAGAACAAUAUGUCUCAGCACGUUGAUUGCGCUAUUCGCUUUUAUUUUCAUUUGGAACAGAGACGAUAUCAGAAGUUGUAUCAUAAUGUCAUCACUUGUGAAUUUGUCAUCAAGGCAGAUGUCCUCGUGUGUUUAUCAAUCUUCUCCCAUGGCGAUCACUUGGUUGCAUUACAUGAUGUAAGUUCCUUACUCUCUCUCUCUCUCUCCUGUUUUCCCUUGCUUCUGGUGGUACUAAUAAGUAGCUUGAUCAUACUGUUAUGUGGAAUCUAUUUUUUAAUUGGAUCGGAUUGGUGGAUUCGUGCAUUGGAUUGGUGGAUCCACGGAUCAAAUGGAUUUGAUCCAAAGGAUUGGUGGAUUCAUGGAUUGGAUCAAAUGGAUUGGUGGAUUGAUCCAUGAAUCCAAAUGACAUCCAAGGCUUGGACCAAAAUGUAAAAUUUGAAAAGUUUAGGUACUAAAAUGUCAUAAUGAAAAAUUUUAGAUACC